AAUUCGAUAACACGGCUGUGAUGUUCGGAGCUGGUGCAAAACAUUGAAACACGUGUUUUUGUUAUUAUUCCUAUUAAUUUUAACAUUUGUCAAACAUAGCGAUGGGGACUAAACCGCUAACUUAUGAGGGAUGUAACUUUUUAAGACAGCGAUUAAUUUUGGCAACUUUGAGUGGUAAAGCUCUUAAAAUAAAAAACAUCAGAAGCAAAGAUGACAAUCCGGGAUUGAAAGAUUUUGAAGCAAGUGUUAUAAGACUUCUAGACAAGAUCACUAAUGGUUCAAACAUUGUUGUGAAUGAAACUGGUACAAGUUUGUUGUAUCACCCCGGAUUACUGAUAGGAGGAAACAUUGAACAUGAAUGUAAUCUGCAGCGCUCAAUUGGUUAUUUUCUAGAAGUAUUGAUGUGUCUGGCCCCUUUUACUAAGAAGCCUUUACAUGCCACAUUAACUGGUGUUACUAACGACCAGGUUGAUCCCUCAGUCGAUAUGAUAAAGUUGUCAACAUUGCCAGUUUUGAAAAGAUUUCUUGGGACAGAUGAUGGUUUGGAACUCAAGAUCGUCAAGAGAGGAUCAGCCCCUGAAGGGGGUGGGGAGGUGCUGUUCCAGUGUCCUUGUCGUCAGAAACUCCGCCCCCUGCAUUUCACACAACCUGGAAAGGUUAAGCGUAUUAGAGGAGUGGCCUGGGUAACCAGGAUGGCCCCAGCCACAGCCAACAGGGUGGUGGACGCUGCACGCAGUGUGCUCAACACCUGCCUACCCGAUAUCUAUAUCUACACUGACCACAUGAAAGGCCCGCAGUCUGGAAAGUCACCUGGGUUUGGCCUAACUCUUGUUGCUGAGACAACUGAGGGUGGUUUCUAUGCAGCCGAGAUGGCUUCCAAUCCCAAGGGCUCGGAUAAAGGGCCCACUGUACCAGAGGACCUGGGAAAACAAGCUGCUGUCUACCUUCUAGAAGAAAUAUUUAAGGGCGGUUGCGUGGACUCUGUCAGUCAGGGACUCACCACACUUCUCAUGGUCCUGGGUCAACAAGACGUUUCCAAAGUGCAGACUGGACAGCUUACUCAGUACACGAUACAGUAUUUACGCCAUAUCCGUGACUUUUUCCAAGUGUUAUUCAAAGUUGAGGUGGACCCUGUCAAAGAGGAGGACGAGGACUUGAAGAAGGGUGGAGAGAAACUCUUGUUGACUUGUGUGGGUGUCGGUUACUCGAAUCUUAGCAAGAAAGUCUCCUGAGUCUUUGUGUACCUUUUGUGUUGAACAAUUCAUGUAUGGAAAGCCAAAUGGGAUUGCCAGCUUUAUGUGCAUACAUGUAUUUGCUUAUUAGUCCCUUUGGUAAUUAAAGGUGAAAAUAUAAGCGAAAAUUAUAUAAGCUACAUUAUAGAUGUUGAAACUGUGUGGUGUAAUUGAAACAUGAAAUAGUAUUUUUGUCUUCAAAUAAGAUGAUGAUCUAAUGUAGUCAAAGUUAUUAUUUGUAAUGAAAACAAUAUUACUGAAUAGUUUGCAUGUCAAAAUAGUACUUUAUUAUGUCAGUCUGCCAAAAAACCAAUUGUCUGAUGUAUUGGAAAGGAUUUCAAUCAAUUUCAAAUGACUCGGGCAAACUCUAAACAUGAUACAUGUUAAUUUAUAAGUGAGGUUUGUCUGUGCAAAUUUAUUAGUAGCGGUAUUCCAACUCAAAUUGGAAACACAGUAGAUCUAUGGAAACACAUUAGAUCUAUCAAGGAUUUAAAAUAAAUUGAAAACAUGA